AUGAUUCUGUUGUGGGUCACACUUCUUCUCCUUCAUCAAGGAUGUGCUUUGGUUCCAGUGAUCACAGUUCAUCUUGGUGAAGCAACAACAUUUACAUGUGAUUUACCAGAGGAUAAAUAUGGAAAUGGCGCACUUUUCUGGUACAGGCAAACUAUUGGAGACACUCUGGAACUAGUUGUAACAUCUGUGAGUUAUACAAACCCCACGUACGGACCACGCUAUACUGACUCAAGAAUGAAAAUUUCACAUACUAAAAAAAUGAGCAACCUGACCAUUUUAAAAACAGUUCAAGAAGAUGAAGGAAUGUAUCACUGUGCUUUCACCGACUGGAGCCAAACUGUUUGGCAGGGCACCUACUUGUUAAUAAAAGGAAACACUGUGGGGACAUCAAACUACAGAGUCGUUCAGAGCUUGACGGCUUCAGAUUCCCUGCGUGCAGAGGAAUAUGUGACUCUACAGUGUUCAGUCCUCUCAAACCUUGACAGGACAUGUUCAGGAGAUAGUAUGUUCUGGUUUAGAUCAAAUACAUCUGACCCAGAAAUCAUCUUCAUUGAUGUGAACAAAACGGACAGAUGUCAGAAGAAAACAGAUUAUCAAACUAGAUGUGUAUAUAACUUCUCUAAGAACAUCAGCUCCUCUGAUGCUGGGACUUACUACUGUGCUGUGGCCGCAUGUGGAGAGAUUUUAUUUGGAAAUGGAACCAAGCUAGAAGCUGAGCCAACAGCAGAUGCUGAAUUUCCAGUACUAGUGAUAACUGUAUCCUGUUUGAUUAUUUCUCUGAUCAUAAAUAUUGUUUUCAUCUGUUUAAAAACGCCAAGAGCAGCAUGCAAACAAUCUAAAGAAGGCACCUCGUCACAAGAAAGAAGGAUGAACUUGAGCCAGCAAGAUGAUCAUACUAAUGAAGAUGGUUGGGAUCUGAACUAUGCAGCAUUACACUUCUCUGAUGGAAAAGCUAGAAGAGGAAAAAAAAAUAAUUUGACUGAGGACAGUGUGUAUUCCCAUAUUAAACAUUGAAUCUGUACUUGUGUGGGAUGUUUUAGUUUAGCACUGAAAAUGAAAGUAAAUAGAUUUUUGAUUAAAAAACAUUUGUUUUUGUUAUAUUUACUUUCAGAAUAAACCCUUAAAAAUAAGCUUCUGUUCUUAUAAUUAGCUUCAUUUGUCAUUACAACAUAGAUUCCGAUGAAAUGUGUCCUCGGCAUUUAACCCAUCCCUUAGGUAGUAGUGGGUUGCCACUAAACGCCCUGAGAGCAUUCUGGGGCUUGCUCAGGGACCCUGAGUGUCAGUUUGUGGGAUUCAAAGCUAUAGCCUUGUAGCCUCUGCAAACUUAUUUUUACAGUAUAGAGUCCAUUCACAAUUACUUGUC